AUGUUUUCUAAAUCCUCGAAUUUUGGAAAUUUCGGAAGUUCCUCAAUAACCCGCGAUUCUUUAAAAGACAAAAAUAUCGGCGGAAGACGACAGUCAAAUGUUCUUCAUAUGAGCUCAACGCCAGCCGUUUUAGGGGGAAUUUCGCCGAUUCGAAGAGAUUCCUAUAUUCCUGGCGCGAAAACUGUGAGUAGUUCUGGGCCGUUUUGCGGCAUCGAAAGCUGAGCUCUUAAACUUGACUCACCAGUUCAUAAAAUUUCAUGAUUUGGACAAUUUUCAAAAAAAAACUCAAAUCUGUUCCAGGUUCCAAUUCAUCAAUACACAGAAGAUCCAACACUUGCUUGGGAAAUGCUCAAAGAAAAACGACCAGUAAAACCAGUUCGACAAAUGCGUCUUGAUACUCCAGUAAAACCUGAUCAUGUUAGAUUUGUUUGUAUUGGAUGUACACACGGAGAACCUCUAGAUCUCAAUAAUCUACCACCUGGCGAUGUUUUAUUGGUGGCUGGUGAUUUUACUUCUUGUGGUUUGCCGAAUGAAGUUCAUCAUUUUAAUAAGUUAUUAGGUAAGUUGGGAACACAGAAUUUUUGAUUUGAUCUAACAUAAAUCUCCUGUUUUCAGCUCGCUCAAAAUUUGCCUACAAAGUAGUUAUCGGCGGAAAUCAUGAAUGUACAUUUGAUGAAACUUUCUUAAAAAUUGGAAAAGGAAAUACCGAUGUGAAAGAGAUGGCACUAAAACAAGCACUUUUGACAGCAAUUCAUUCAGACGCAAAAGCUGGAACAUCUUCCAAAGAUCUAUUAUCAAAUGCGAUUUAUCUGGAAGACAGUUGUAUCGAAUUAUUCGGAAUCACAAUUUACGGAACACCGUGGCAACCACGUGUUGAUAAUUGGGCAUUCAAUUUGUCACGCGGUCAACCACUUUUGGAUAAAUGGAAUAUGAUUCCAGCUGGAAUUGAUGUUCUCUUAACACAUACUCCACCUUUAGGACACGGAGAUCAAAUGUUGAAUGGGCAAAGAAUGGGAUGUGCUGAAUUAUUGAAUACUGUAUUUAAACGAGUUCGUCCAAAAUAUCAUGUUUUUGGACAUAUUCAUGAAGGAUAUGGUUGUACAACUGAUGGUUAUACUAAAUUUAUCAAUUCGUGUCUUUGUAAUGAGAAAUUAGAAAUGAAGGUAGGCCAGAUUCAGGAUUUUAUUUAAAAAGAGUGGAGUUUGCUCCAAAAAUCUCAAAUUUUUUUGCAGAAUGAUCCAAUAAUAUUCGACAUUCCUGUUCAUCCACACACCAAACAAUUCUACCUUCAAAAUGUGAAGAAAAUCAUGAAACGAUUCCAGAAGAAAAAAUAA